AUGUACUGGAUCAAGAGCGACCACAUCAAGGCUGCCUUUAUCCCCUACGGCGCGUCCCUGGCAAAGUUCCUCAUCAACGACCAGUACGGCAUCGAGAGAGACAUUGUCACCGGCUUCGAUAAUGCCACCUACUACGAGAUUGAUGGCCAGCACGGUCACUUUGGUGGUGUCCCCGGCCGCUACGCAAACCGCAUCAGGAACAGCACCUUUACCAUUGACGGCGAGACCUUCCACGUGAACCCCAACGAGCACCCAACCCCAGAGGCGCCCGAGGGUGCCAACACCCUCCACGGCGGCCACAACGGCUGGGACUACCGCAACUUCACCGUCGUCACUCACACCGACGACAGCAUCACCUUCUCCAUCGUCGACCCUGACGGAGAGCAGGGGUUCCCCGGCGAGGUCAUCUCGUACAUCACCUACACCCUCCACGACCUCACCUGGGACUUCAAGAUGAUCGCCUUGGCCACCACCAAGAAGACCCCGAUCAUGCUCAGCAGCCACGUCUACUGGAACCUGGACGGCUUUGCCAACAACGAGACCAACACCGUCCUCAACCACACCCUCCACCUGCCAUACAGCGGCCAGAUUAUCGGUGUGGACAACAUCCUCAUCCCUGACGGCACCAUCCUCGCGAACCAGCCCGGCUCGCCCAACGACUUCUGGACUGCGCCCAAGCAGAUUGGUGCGGACCUCGACAAGACUCUGAACAACUGCGGCUUCAACUGCACUGGCUACGACAACGCCUGGCUCGUCAACCGUGCCCAGGACGGCCCUUAUGACUGGCGCACCGACGGCUACGUUGCCCGUGUCCACUCGCCGUGGUCUGGCAUCCAGCUGGACAUCUAUUCGGACCAAGAGGCCUUCCAGGUCUACUCCUGUAACGGGCAGAACGGCACCGUGGCCCUGAAGAAGGACCAGGGACUCUUUGACAAUGCCGAUUUCCCCAGAACCAUUCCUCAGUACGGUUGCAUGGUUCUCGAGGUUGAGGACUGGAUCGACGCCAUCAACCAGCCCUCGUGGCAGCGCGAGAAGAAGCAGAUCUUUGGUCCUGGUGACAGCAGCAUGGAGGAAGACCGAGCACAGGUCGACGUGGGCAUUGCUGCUGAUAUUGAGCAUGCACACCCAUCGACGCCGGUUCAAAAGCAACCAAAGAAGAGAUUUGUCGGAAGAAGGACUGCUGCUAACAGUGCCUCAAAUUCUGGACCAUCAUCAGAAGAUGCCGUGUCACAAGCGAGGCGGGCUCCGAGGUUGAUGAACCAGGUGCCACCGGAGAUCCUGGAAAAUCCGGAUAUCAAGGAAGCCAUCGCUCUCCUGCCGGCCAACUACUCGUUCGAGAUUCCCAAGACGAUCCAUCGCAUCCGGUCGCUGGGUGCCAAAAAGGUCGCCCUGCAGAUGCCAGAGGGCCUUCUCCUCUUUGCCACCACCAUCUCCGACAUUCUGACCCAGUUCUGUCCCGGCGUCGAGACGCUGAUCAUGGGCGACGUGACUUAUGGCGCCUGCUGUAUCGAUGACUACACCGCCCGAGCGCUUGGCUGCGAUCUUCUGGUGCACUACGCCCACAGCUGCCUCAUCCCCGUGGACGUCACCAAGAUCAAGGUCCUCUACGUGUUUGUCGACAUCAGCAUCGACACGUCACACCUCCUCACGACCCUCGAGCGCAACUUUGCGCCGCCAAAGACCAUCGCCAUGGUCGGCACGAUCCAGUUCAACGCCACAAUCCACGGCGUCCGCUCGACGCUGGAAAAGGCCGGGUUCAACGUCAUCGUGCCGCAGAUUGCGCCCUUGUCAAAGGGCGAGAUUCUCGGCUGCACCUCCCCGCGGCUCCCGGAUACAGACCAGGUCGACCUCAUCCUGUACCUCGGCGACGGCCGCUUCCACCUCGAGAGCAUCAUGAUCCACAACCCUUCCAUCCCGGCCUACCGGUACGACCCGUACUCCCGCAAGCUGACGCGCGAGGAGUACGGGCACGAGGAGAUGCAGACUGUCCGGCGGGACGCCAUCAGGACGGCCAAGGGGGCCAAGAAAUGGGGCCUGAUCCUGGGCUCGCUGGGCCGCCAGGGCAACCCGCACACGAUGACCAUGAUUGAGAACAAGCUCAAGCAGCUCGGCAUCCCCUGGGUCAACCUGCUCCUCAGCGAGAUCUUCCCUGGCAAGCUCGCCAUGAUGGGCGACGUCGAGGCCUGGGUGCAGGUCGCGUGCCCCCGCUUGUCCAUAGACUGGGGUUAUGCCUUCCCACGGCCGCUGCUGACGCCGUAUGAGGCUCUCGUCGUCCUCGAGGAGAGGCAGGACUGGAGCGCCUCUGGCGUCUACCCCAUGGACUACUAUGGCAAAGAUGGGCUUGGCCGCACGAAGCCGGUUGUGGCGAGCAGUUAG